UGGCCGGUCAGUCGUCCGGGUUGGAUGGUCCGAGGUGCCACGGCGCGCCGCCGUGUGGCCGCCGCGCUCCGUCAUCGUUACCUUGCCUUGUCUGCUACGAUGACGGUGACGGCGACGACUUUGCCGUGGCUUAUUCUCCGUUUGAGAUUCGAGCGGGUUACUUGGAUGAGGACGUUUCGCGUCGCGCUGAUUGCAUAGCUGUAGGCGAAUAAUUCGGUGCGCGUGGACGUUUCGAGGGAAGUUCCGUUGGGCCUAAUGCCACCAGCAAGGACACUGUGAAUCGGAACGGUCACCGGUGACGGUGACGGGCAAGCUCGAGUGUCAAGGGCUCGUGGUAUUGGUGAGAGAGUGAGCGGGAAUUGGCUCUCUCCUUCUCUCUCGCUCGCGGCGUCGGUGGCGCGCGACGGCCAGUGACUGCGAACUUGACUCCUGGUCCCGCGCUGGCUGGCUGGCUGGCCAUCCUUAUAUACCGUGCUAGGGUGGGGGCGGCGGACACGUGGCGGGUCAAGGAGCGGGAUGACGGUAGCCAAGGGAUGCUAAGGAGUUGGAAGAUGCGAACGCCGAAGAUCAAACGGUGUUCGGUCGUCUAAGACGUUGGUUCUUCCCGGGGUCUUCGUGCGUGCGAUCUGGAGACCGUUGAAAGAGAGGGGGUUGUGGACACGUGGCACGCGCGGAAGUGAACAGCAUAAUUUGGAUUGUGCGUGCCAGAGAAGGCCCUCCGGCGAUUUUUGAAGUCAUUUUCGGGAAGAAAACUAAUGAUAAGACUGAAAAAGGUGGAAAUUUAGUGUCAAUGCAAAGGAAACAAAGUUACUGAAAGGAAUGAGUAUUACGAAUAGUGUAAAAAUCUGUAAAAAAAUAAUUUAAUAGAAAUAAUUCAAUCAAAUGUAAAAAGUAACCAAAUGUAGCAACCAAACUCGCAAUUUUAAAACAAAUAAUCAAAACCAAACCUCUUAAAACUAAACGAUUUAAAACAAAUUGUGCAAUAAAACGGACCACUUUUUAUCUCGAAAAAAGGAACAAUCAUCUCGCAAAAACUUCUCCCUUUGGAAGAAAAGCUAGAACAAAGUGAAACUUCUUAAAGGAGUUGCCAACCAAUACAGGCAAGAUCCCGUGUGUACAGAAAGAAAGGAUGCAAAAACACUCGACGCACACAUUGACGCACUCUCUCGGCACAACUAGUAGUGGUGGUGGUGGUGGUGGUGUUACUCCUUAAGAAUAAGGAGGUGUUACUCUCUCCCUCUUCGAGGGGGGUGGCCAUUCCGGAAGCCGGGAAAAAUCCCAACCCCACACGCAAAAACCUGCAAGAAAACAGGAUAAUCGAUAACCAGCGUGACUUCAAGAUCGGCUCAAAAUGAAGGAAAACCCGAUGAUUGACGUGUUUGACGUGUCGUCGGACUUUAACCCGGACAUGAUCCUGUCGAACGUGUUCCUCGAUCCGUCGCUGGACUUUAUGACCAGCAUCGACGACGCGGACAUCAUGGCGCAGGAUUUUCUGCACUUUGCCACCGCUAGCGGGAGUGGAAGUGCAAUGUUUUAUCCUGCGGAACAGCAACAUCAACAGCAACAGCCGCAGGUGGAGCAACAGCAAAUGCAGCAACAAAUUCAAAUGCCUCAACAGCAGCAGAUGCAAUUGCAGCAGCAGCAACAACAGUUUGCGAUUAUUCCGCCGCAAAAGUGUGUUGUGGAACAGCAAAAAUCCGGUGAAGGACGAUACGAGCUCUCGGUGGCCGGUGGAAGCAGUAGCGAUUAUGCAAAACAAGCGGUUGUGCCCCAGGUGGCCAACGUGGCCGCGUCCCCAGUGGAACCGGUCAAGCCCCAACCUCCAGCGGUUCAGCAGCAGACCUGCAAGUGCGAGUUCUGCGAGUAUCUCCAGGCGAACCGGAUCAGUCUGGGCGGCGUGGACCACGUGUUCCAGUGCGAGUUCUGCGGCGAGGGGUUUGCCAGUCAGGGAAACUUUAACCGGCAUCGCUGUGGGAGUACGGACAUCCAGGUCUACCGGUGUGAAGUUUGUAGAAGGGAGUACGGAACGUCGCGGACGGAACCCAGUGUUGGAGUGGGGUUGUUGGAGGGAGCCCGGGCAAAAUGUGAUAUCUGCAAUCGAAACUAUGUGCAAUCGACGACGACGACGACGAGUUCGACGACCCUUUACGGGCAGGUCGGACGACCUGCGCUGGCGGAGGCCAACAGCUAUGCCAAGAUGACGACCUCCGAAAGUCCCAUGGAGAGAAGUGAUCUCGGCGGUAUUGAAGAACCGUUCGGAGCGGACAGUGAGUGUAUCAGUGAACUGUUGACGGAGGGGACUCCGGUCGUGGAACCCCUUCCAAAGACCUUCUACGUGCUUGCAAACUCGGAAAUGAAUGCCGGUUCCUACCUCCAGAAUGCCAAAAUCAGCAGCGAAUCCGGCGUGACCAGCCUGCACCAGUACGACCAGUACGAGGACGAGGACUACUCGUCGAUGUCUGAAGAUGAAGCUAUUGUUCCAAUAGAACCCUAUGCCAAAUCGCCCAACCAGGAGCAAGCCAAAACCGAGCUGCCAAUCCAGGAGACCCUGGUGGACACCAGCAGCAACGCGGUCAUCCCAACCUUCCCAUCGUUCAACUCCGCGGAGACCAUCCCGGCAAUGUCCACCAACCUAACCGAGGAAGAGGAGUGCGACUCGUCCAGCAAGGAACCCUCCUCCGGCGUGACCCCGGACCGCCCCUUCAAGUGUCACAUCUGUGAGCGGUCAUACCGAAAUCACAAGAACCUGAAGGCGCACAUCAAGGGGGCGCACGAAGGCAUCCGGGCGAAUCAGUGCGAGAUCUGUGGGAAGAACUUUAGCGGGAGCAGUUAUCUGGUGAUUCACCGGCGGAGGCACACCGGCGAGAGGCCGUUCAAGUGCGGGACCUGCGGGAAGGCGUUCGUGGACAGCCGGGCGCUGUCGGUGCACGCGAGGUUGCACACACCGGGGAAUCGGUUGAAGUGUAUGAAAUGCGAAAAGACCUUCUCGAGCGCAUCUGCCCUAACGGUCCACAACCGAUUACACACCGGCGUUCACCCGUACAAAUGUGAAAUCUGCGACAAAACCUUCCCGCAGUACAACAACCUCAAGCACCACAUGAAAAAGCACGAGGCCACAACGACCACCACGAGCGUCGUCCCAACCGCAUCAGAAAGCUCCCGCACGUCCACCACCCUGGAAUCGAUCGCUAGCCCGAGCAGCAGCAACAGCAGCACGAGCAGCAACCUCUCGUCAACGAGUAGCAGUAGCAGUGGGAUCAGUUCCGGGUCGACGUCGUCUUCGACGACAACGCUGGACUACAAGUGUAAUGUUUGUGGUAAAACGUUUGGGAGUUCGGAAGAUCUCCAGGGUCAUCUGAACCAGCACUGCAAGGAUCGACCAAAUCAGUGCGAGUUCUGUUCGAAGGUGUUUCCGCGGUCGUCCCACUUGAUAAUUCACCGGAGGAGACAUACAGGUGAACGACCCUUCAAGUGCAAAUACUGCGAGAAGGCGUUUGUGGAUUCGAGGGCACUUUCCGUUCACACCAGACUUCACACCGGAGAGAGGGUCACGUGCGACAUCUGUCUGAAGACGUUCGCCAGCAGUAGCGGGUUGAUCGUGCACCGCCGGAUCCACCUGGGAAUUCACCCGUACAAGUGUGACUACUGUCCAAAGUCGUUCGCCCAGUCUACGGCCUUGAAGUACCACCUGAAGAAGCACGACACGGCGAACCUUCCGACGACCACGAACGACGAGUCCAAGCACAGCGAUUCGAGUCAGCACUCGGAGCAGUCGGAUCAGCUGGAGACGGCAGCGACGACGACCACGUCGACUGAAAUUGACCAACAAGCCAAGACGGGCGGCCAGGUCAAGUGCCAAGUGUGCAACAAGUUCUUCCGCUCGGCCGAGUACCUGGCACGGCAUCGGCGGACCCACUCCGGUGAGCGACCGUUCCAGUGCGAACUUUGCGGUAAGAAUUUCAGCACCAUGAGCUACCUGGUCAUCCACCGGCGCCGGCACACCUCGGAACGUCCCUACAAGUGCCCGGCCGGCGGCUGUCCAAAGGCGUUCGUCGACAGCCGGGCCCUGCAGGAGCACAGCCGCUCGGUGCACGCCAAGAUUCGUGUACCGUGCGAAACCUGCUCCAAAACGUACUCGAGCGUUAGCAACCUGAUUGUCCACCGGCGAAUCCACAGCGGAGUUCACCCCUUCGAGUGUGUCCACUGUGGGAGGUCAUUCGCGCAGAAGAAUGCUCUCAAAUACCACCUAAAACAGCACGGUGAUGAUCGUAAAGAGUCCCCAGAAGUGGGAUCUUCCUAAAACCAGACCAGUAUUCCCCUUAAAAAGAGAGAAAUCGCCGUGUUUGUAUGCAUGCCCAAAAUCCUUAGUGUACAUUGUAGUAUUUAAACAAUUUUAGAAAUCAAACCGAAUGUAACUAGUGCAACCAAGAAUGUAAAAAAAAAACAAAACAACCAACCAAACAAAAGAAUCGUUCCUUAUUUGAAGACUUUUAACUUAAU